AGUAGCAGUUUACUGCUCAGAUCCAAACAAUGAAUUGUAUUGAAAAUGGGUGCUGGCUUCAGUAGUAGUCGUUCUAAGAAAAAAGAAAAGCAAGAUGCUGACCACAACAAGACGGCGCCGUCGUCGACUACAGAAAGGCGUCGACCCACUAAAGAAACGCGGCGGCUCUCUGUAAUGGACGGAGACGGUUUCGUACAACUAAAUCAGUACUUGCUCAAAGACGACACCUUAGGCAAAGGCUCUUUUGGUGUUGUUAAGCUGGCGUACAAUGAAGUUGACGACAAGAAUUAUGCAAUGAAAAUCGUCUCCAAACGUAGGUUGCUAAGAAAAAGCAAUACUUCACUACGAACUCCCCCAAACCGUCGACGAACUAAUCCUCUUGAAAAAAUAUAUCGAGAAAUAGCUAUUUUGAAAAAACAAGCACACCCUAACGUUGUUCGCUUGGUAGAGGUUCUAGACGAUCCUGAUGCAGAAAAUUUUUAUAUGGUCUUUGAAUUUGUUCAACAAGGGCCUGUUAUGGAUGAAAUACCCACAGAUAAUUGGUUGUCAGAGCAGGACGCUUGGCGAUAUUUUCGUGAUACGUUGUCUGGAUUAGAAUAUUUACAUUAUCAAAAAAUAAUUCAUCGUGAUAUAAAGCCGUCAAAUCUUCUCUUAUCUGAAGAAGGCAGAAUAAAAAUAGCAGACUUUGGAGUCUCAGAUGAAUUUAUUGGAUCAGAUGCUCGCUUUGAUUCAUCAGCUGGAACACCAGCUUUUAUGGCACCUGAAGCUUUAAAAAGCGGACAACAAUACGACGGAAAGCCAGCAGAUAUAUGGGCUCUAGGUGUUACACUUUACUGCUUUGUUUACGGUCAAUUACCCUUCAUAGAUCCCUCUAUAAUAGGGUUAUACAAAAAAAUUCAGGAAAGCGACGUUAGUUUCCCGAAAGAACCGACUGUAUCAGAGACGUUGAAGGAUUUAAUUUUACAUCUUCUCGACAAAGAUGUUAACAAAAGAUAUACUAUUACGGAAAUUAAAAAACAUCCGUGGGUAACAAAAUCUAGCUCGUUAUUGAUGCCUGCUGAAGAGGAGAAUUGCUCACAAAUUAUCAUUACUGAAGAGGACAUGGAUAAUUGCGUCAAAAUUAUCCCAAAAAUUGAAACAUUAAUCUUUGUGAAAACCAUUUUACGUAACAAAUCUUUCAAGUAUCCGUUCAAUUCUACUCAUAUUGAAGAUGACUCAACAUCAAUAACCGAUAGAGAGCGAAACAAAGCUGAAAAGCGAUCCAAUUCGCCCACAAAAUCCAAUUUUCAAUAA